AUGGUCCAUUUAUCCAAAAUCAAUUUUAAAGCUCAUAUUAUUAUUAAUAAUAAACUUAUGAUGGAUUUAAGGCAAUCUGAUAACUUCGAAAAUAAGCAAAAUAUAACGCUUAGACAGCAAGAUAAAAGAGAACCUUCAGCAGUCGACAUUUUUUUCCUAUUCUAUACAGUGAAGAGCUUAGAACAAAGAUUUAUGGAAGAAACCCUAUAG